CACUUUGCUAGCGGAACCAUUCUACCUGAGGCACUUUUACCCACACGGACAUAUUUUCCAGAUGCACUCCUUCGGUAACGCAACAGCUACAUAAACCAUGGCUGUUACUCUACACACCGAUCUAGGAGACAUCAAAAUUGAAUUGUUCUGUGAGCGCACGCCAAAAACAAGUGAGAACUUUCUUGCCUUGUGUGCCAGUGGGUUUUACAAUGGCUCCAUCUUCCACCGAAAUAUUAAAGGCUUCAUGGUUCAAACGGGGGAUCCUACAGGCACAGGUAAAGGAGGAACAAGUAUAUGGGGACGCAAAUUUGAAGAUGAGUUCAGCGAACAUUUAAAACACAAUGUCAGAGGAGUAGUGUCUAUGGCAAACAAUGGCCCCAACACAAACGGCUCACAGUUUUUCUUCACAUAUGCCAAACAGCCUCAUCUGGACAUGAAGUACACAGCGUUCGGAAAGAUCAUCGACGGCCUCGAAACACUGGACGAACUGGAGAAGCUGCCAGUCAACGAGAAGACGUUCCGACCACUGACAGACACCCGGAUUAAAGAUGUGACCAUUCAUGCUAACCCCUUUGCCGGCUAGACCUCUACCAUCCCCAGGGGAUCGUGUUUUUACCAAUAAUACCAACAAUAAUGAUUUGUUUCUUCACAGUACCUUUCCAGAGUACACUGAUGAUGGACAAGAGGCUGGUUCUGUCUUAUAUAACAAACUGGAUGAUGCACAGUGACGACUAAGGGUUCUGUUUGAUUAAAGAACAUGUUCCUGAUGGUAUACACCAAGGCUUUCAGAUUGUGAUCAGUGAUUCCUUAUAUUCCAUGUAAAAGAAUUGCCUUUUUUUUUUUUUCUAAAUAAACAUUUUGUAAUA